UUAGGGAUUCAGGGGUCAAGCUGGUGGAGAGGGUCGGAGGUCACGGCACAGUGUACAGUGGAGUCCCUCCCUCUCUCUUCUCUGUCUGAGCGCUAACAGGAAGUCCGGCUUCUUCGUCCAUCACUGAGAGGGAGGGAGUUCUGUUUCAACCCAUUUUUGCUCAUUUCUCAUUAUAUUGUUCAUCUCCUUUCUCUUAAGCUCCCCUUCCCUUUUUUUUUUUUGGCUAAUCCUCUGAUUCGCCCGCCUGCAGCCCACCCUCUCACCCCAAAACAGCAAAUCCUCAACAGUAAACCCUGCAUGCACACAGAUCCAUCCUCCAAAAAACACUACAAAAAAACAAUUUACUAACAGUAGGGUUACUGCCCUCCCCCCUAAAUACACACACGCACCCACACCGACAACAACAGGCUCGCACAAUCAGCCCCGCCCCCUUUCUCUACAUGCACACAUAAACAACCAACGGUCUCUGGGACGCUGAAUUACUUGGCAGCGCGGCGUCCCGCGCUCAAAGACGGGUGACACCGCGGGAAGUGAUGCCAGGUGGCAGCAGCAGCAAGAGUGCCGGGGGAGGUCCGUCCUCGUCACCCCUCCCCCACGCGGUGGCUCCUCCCAGCCGGCCCCUCCGGCCCUCCCGCUACGUCCCCGUCUCCGCGGCCACCUUCUUCCUGGUGGGAUCGACGACGCUCUUCUUCUGCUUCACGUGUCCGUGGCUUUCGGAGCGGUUCUCGGUAGCGGUGCCGAUCUACAAUGGCGUUAUUUUCUUGUUUGUUUUGGCCAACUUCUGUAUGGCUACCUUCAUGGACCCAGGCAUCUUCCCCAGAGCUGAGGAAGAUGAAGACAAAGAAGACGACUUCCGCGCCCCGCUGUAUAAGACGGUGGAGAUCCGAGGGAUCCAGGUCAGGAUGAAGUGGUGCUCCACAUGUCGCUUCUACAGACCUCCGCGAUGCUCCCACUGCUCAGUGUGCGACAACUGUGUCGAGGACUUUGACCACCACUGUCCGUGGGUCAACAACUGCAUCGGCAGGAGGAACUACCGCUACUUCUUCCUCUUCCUCCUCUCCCUGACAGCCCACAUCAUGGCCGUGUUCGGAUUUGGACUCCUCUUCAUCCUCUACCAUCGGCAGAGCAUCGACCGGCUCCACGCCAUUGUGACGUUGGCCGUGAUGUGCGUAGCAGGACUGUUCUUCAUUCCUGUUGCCGGUCUCACCGGGUUCCACGUAGUGCUGGUGGCCAGAGGCAGGACCACCAACGAGCAGGUGACGGGGAAGUUCCGUGGGGGCGUCAACCCGUUCACCAACGGCUGCUGGAGGAAUGUGUCUCGUGUCCUUUGCAGUUCUCAGGCACCCAGGUAUCUGGGGAGGAAGAAGCGCACCCAGAGCGUGUGCGUGCAGCCGCCGUUUCUGAGGCCGCAGCUGACCGAGGCUCAGCUGGCCGCCAAGAUCCUGGAUAAUGGUAUUCAGGGAGACCUGCACAGGUCGAAGUCCAGUCUGGAGAUGAUGGAGAGUCAGUCGUGUGACGCCGAGCCUCCUCCUCCUCCCAAACCGGAGCUCCGCUACCCGGCACUGACGCGGGGCAACACAGAGGAGAGCAGCCUGCUGGGCAAAGCCCCUCCCACUCCCACCAUGUACAAAUACAGGCCCACCUACAGUCCCGGGAAGAACCACACAGCACUUACACAUGCCUACGCUAACCAGUUGAGUCGAGGGGAGAGCCUGGGCAGCGCCAGGGAGUCCUCCUCCUCCCUGAUUCAGGCCAGCCAACAGCCGGGCUUCCGUUCCCAGCCCAGCCUGGAUGGGAGGGACUCUCCCUCAGAGAGAGGAGGGGCAGGGGGCGCAGGAGAGAGGAGAGAAGGGGUGCGAGAGGGAGGAGGGGGUAUCCCUGGAUAUUCCCUCGGCGGACGUUCUUACCCUUCUUUCUCUGACCCCACCGUCCUAUCAGGAGGCGCUUCGUGCUCCUCAAGCUCCACCCAUACCUCAGUAGGAGCUGCCCAUGUUUCGGAGGCCACCACAACCUCGGCGAGCUAUAAAAGCUUAGCCAAUCAGACGCCGCCACCUCAUCACCCCUCCCGCAAUGGCAGCCUGUCAUAUGACAGCUUAUUGGCAGGAGGUGAUGAAUUUGACUCGUCAGCAUUGGCUCCGGUGGCCCCUGAGAUAUCCCAGAGGAAACCCCAUACGACAGCAACGGGCGGCUACACUCCACCCUUCCUCUCCGCUCAGCAGAAGGAGGCGGAGGUGCACUCAUCGUCGGCCGCGUUGCUCUCCUCGUCUUCCCAGUCGCCCCAUCAUCACCAUCGCUCAUCUCACCACCACCACCACCACCCGUACCUUCACCGCUCCUCCUCCUCUACCUCCUCAUCACCUCCACUGCCCCUCGAGAGGGAGCGUCUGCUGAGCGAGCCGCACGCCCUCCCCCAGCCUCCCCCUCACGGCCAGCUCUCAUCUUCUGCUGCGACCCAGCACCAUCAUCACCACCACCACCACCACCACUCCUCCUCCUCCCAUCACCACCAUCACCAUUCCUCCUCCACUGCCACCUCCCGCCUGCCUCGUUUCUCCGCCCCCCACCACUACCCUUACCGCACACGCUCCACUGAUGUCCCGCUGGCGCCCUCCUCCUCCUCCUCCACCACCCACCCUCCUCGCUCCCCGCAUCCGCCGCCCCUUGGGAAGUCACUUUCUUACUCGAGCGCUGCAGCCGCUGAGAUGCAGUACCGGCUCGUCCGCAAGGCCUCGGCAUCGGCCGCUGCGAACGCCGCAGGGGUAGGAGGAGGCAGCGGCGGGAUGGGAAGCAAAGGUGGAGGAGGAGGAGGUGGAGGGAUACAAGCACCAAAGGAUGAGCUGAUCCAGAUGAAACUGCUGAACCGGACCAAUGGGGGCCAGGCCGCUUUUUCCACCUCUUCCACUUCCUGCUCUGCCCCCUCAUCUCCCUCCCACCCAAUCGGCGUGUCCGCGCGGCCCGGAGCAGCCUAUCCCAGCACGGGGUCCACUCAGAGCCCCUCCCACAAGUCCCUGGGGGGCGGGGUGAGGAAGGUGACGGGCGUAGGGGGCACGACUUACGAGAUUUCGGUCUGAUUUGGACAGGACGAUGGCCUCCGGGGAGCUGGUCAGACUGCUUACACGUAGCGCCUCCUCUCUUCGUCAAGGGCAUUUACAAAGGAGACUCUUUUUUGGUCGUUUUGUUUUUUACAGUGCCUCAAAAACGGCUUUCCCACCAAUGAGAGAGAGUAACGAGGUCAUAUACUUCUUUUUAACUGAUCUCACUCCCUUCCUUUUGAGGUUUUUUUUUUACAACGUGGAGCGAAAUCGAUCACAUUUUUUAUUGCGCUGGUCUGGAGCCACUUCUUCACCUUGGUAAAUGGAGCUACGCUCGUAAAGGAAAAUGUAAAUUAGUUUGAUGGCUGCCAGGACUGUGCAAUGCAGUUUUGAGGCAUGUAAGACUCAUUUCCAUGUGAAAAAAAAUAAACUGGUCUUGAUCAGGUGGUGGGGUGUGACUUCGGACCUGACUUGAGUUGAAUCGGGACCAUUUCGGCUCAGACGGCUUGCGUUGUCCCGUAGCUCAAAUGCAAGUGUAGGAAACCUGUAUGACCGGGGUUUCUUUUCUCUACUGUAACUCAGCAGGUAGCACAUGGCGCUAGCGCUGCCCUUUCCUUUAUGUAGCUUAAUCACAGGAAGUGGCGCUCAACACUGCCAGGGUUACCGGUUCGAAUCCCGCCGGUUCAAACCGUACUGGAGAAUAUGACUUCGUGAGGUGUAAGGAAAACAAAUUAACUUUUUCCGGUAAAAGUUGUUCUGUGGUGCAUGCAUUGGGAAUAACGAAACCCAGGCGACAUCCCCGAUUCGUUACUUCGUGUAUUUUUUAUUCUCUUCUCCGGGAGGCCAUAGACUCGCACUCAACCAACAGUCCUACCCAAUCACAGUUCCACUUCCUGGAAGUACACACCAGAUCCUGGUUAGUGGUGGGAGGAAGUACACACCAGAUCCUGGUCAGUGGUGGGAGGAAGUACACACCAGAUCAUGGUCAGUGGUGGGAGGAAGUACACACCAGAUCCUGGUCAGUGGUGGGAAGAAGCACACACCAGAUCCUGGUUAGUGGUGGGAGGAAGUACACACCAGAUCCUGGUUAGUGGUGGGAGGAAGUACACGCCAGAUCCUGGUCAGUGGUCGAAGGAAGUACACACCAGAUCCUGGUUAGUGGUGGGAGGAAGUACACACCAGAUCCUGGUUAGUGGUGGGAGGAAGUACACGCCAGAUCCUGGUCAGUGGUGGGAGGAAGUACACACCAGAUCAUGGUCAGUGGUGGGAGGAAGUACACACCAGAUCCUGGUCAGUGGUGGGAAGAAGCACACACCAGAUCCUGGUUAGUGGUGGGAGGAAGUACACACCAGAUCCUGGUUAGUGGUGGGAGGAAGUACACGCCAGAUCCUGGUCAGUGGUCGAAGGAAGUACACACCAGAUCCUGGUUAGUGGUGGGAGGAAGUACACACCAGAUCCUGGUCAGUGGUGGGAUGAAGUACACACCAGAUCCUGGUUAGUGGUGGGAGGAAGUACACACCAGAUCCUGGUUAGUGGUGGGAGGAAGUACACACCAGAUCAUGGUCAGUGGUGGGAAGAAGCACACACCAGAUCCUGGUCAGUGGUGGGAGGAAGUACACACCAGAUCCUGGUCAGUGGUGGGAGGAAGUACACACCAGAUCCUGGUUAGUGGUGGGAGGAAGUACACACCAGAUCCUGGUUAGUGGUAGGAGGAAGUACACACCAGAUCCUGGUUAGUGGUAGGAGGAAGUACACACCAGAUCCUGGUCAGUGGUGGGAAGAAGCACACACCAGAUCCUGGUUAGUGGUGGGAGGAAGUACACACCAGAUCUUGGUUAGUGGUGGGAGGAAGUACACACCAGAUCCUGGUUAGUGGUGGGAGGAAGUACACACCAGAUCCUGGUCAAUGGUGGGAGGAAGUACACACCAGAUCCUGGUCAGUGGUGGGAAGAAGCACACACCAGAUCCUGGUUAGUGGUUGGAGGAAGCCACCGUAUCUCCACAGAGCCAUCAUAACCCUCAUCACCUCGCCAUUACCCGCCGCCAUGGCCCCCACAGGAGACCAGACUCUUGACAAUCCACCUGUGGGGCCAGAGGGGACGAUUUUACUGAACUUCACAUAAGUGUCGAGCUGUGAACGGAUCUGCCUUUGUGAUGAAGAGGAGGAAAAACACGACACAGAAACGCCGAAUCCCUCGUUCAUUCGUUUGUUGAUUAAUUCCUCGAUGUGAAUACAAUUUCCCUGUUUGUAGAGGAUGUGGUUCAAUGUGGAUUUCCUAAAGAUGAGAACAGCGGCGUCAGUAAUGGACUGCAGCCUGCACCGUGGGCCACUACGGUGACUUGUGGACCACGCUGUCUGUUGUCUUUUGGUCAGUCAGAGAGGAGGAGGGUUUUAUUUUUUUUUACAUUUUUUUGCCUUUGUUGUUAUUGGGGUCUUUCAGACAGGGCAGCCUUUUUUCUAGUAAAAUAAUAAAAAAUCCAAAAAAAAAAAAAAUCAGAGCAAUUGCCUUUGAAAAUCAAAAACAUGUCUUUUUUUAUUUCACGUAUUUAAUUUCAAAUUGUUUUAUAUGAAUUUUUAUCGGAAUAUAGCUAUAGAUAAGAGUUUUUAAUAUGGGCAGGCCGAGUGUAAUGCGGCCCUCUGGCUUGUUUAGGGGCCAGCGGCUGCUCCGGCUCACCCCGCCGCCGCUUCUCGGCUGGAAAGGCGACCUGAGACGGUGACAAGCUGUCCGUUACCGCCCCCUGGCGGCCUGCUGUGUGCGGAAGGCACAUGAACAGUGUUCCGCUUGGCUCACCAUCUGAGGCCCGUCGAUUGGGAAAAGGCCGGACGAUGAGUAAAACGGGCGAGGCGCGGCGUCCGGGUGGCGCGGCGGGCUAUUCCGUUGCCUACCAACACGGGGAUCACCGGUUCGAGUCCCCGUGUUACCUCCGGCUUGGUCGGGCGUCCCUACAGACACAAUUGGCCGUGUCUGCGGGUGGGAAGCCGGAUGUGGGUCGCUGCACUAGCGCCUCCUCUG